AUGUCCGCACACCUCAACCCCAUCCAGAAAUCCCGCCGCCACCACCGCGCCUCGUGCAUCAGCUGCACCAUCCACUGGACCCUCGCCCUGCGCCAACUCCUCACCGACCCAGCAAACUACUCCCCACUACGCUUCUGCCCAACAUGCAAGCGACCGAACUACAUCCGCCCAAUCCCAACAGGAAUACUCGCAUCCAAAAUCACCGAGAUCCGCACAGCCCUGCAAACCUACGACGACACCCUCCACGACUCCAUGGCCACCUCCAUGUUUGCCGGCACCCUCACCUCGCGCCCCUUCACAAGCCUAGCGGGAUUCAUCCUCCCCAACGCACCCCCCUACAACAUCCCCCCGCCGCUGAUAAAAGACCACCCGGCGCUCCUGGCAAGAGCCUUCACCGGCACACAAGCCUCGAUCGGGACCGGGCUCUUCGAGACAGAAGAUGGACGGGUUGAUCUAGGCACCGGGCCCGUGGAGAGCGUAAACCCGCAUUUAAUAUUCAUUGCGCGGCCGACGAUGCCAUUGCAUUUAUCGGGGAAGAUCGGCCACGCGCCGCUCCUCCGCGCGAUGAACGGGUUCCAUGAGCCUGCGCGGAUGCGCGAGACGCCUGGCGUGCGUGUCCCUGUUCCUCUGAUGAUGCCGCCUGAUAUCGCGCUCGAUAUGUACUGUCAUCUUUAUGAGAAGGUGCAUGCGGAGAACUUGGAUCGGGGCUAUGGGGGUGCGCCGGCUGCAAAACGAGCGGUUGUGCAGGCGCGGGGCCAGGCUCAGCCUCAGGUGCAGAUGCAGGUACAGGUUCCGGUUCAGACGCAGGUUCAGACGCAGGUUCAGACGCAGGUUCAGGUUCCGGUUCAGACGCACCUGCAGGCGAACCCACCUGUGAGGCGUGCGCAGAUGACGCCCCGUCCGGGUUUCCGGCCGGGAUUGGAGAGGUCUGUGAGUCCGGGUGUUGGUGGGCAGACCAUGGGGUUUUAUGGGGAUGGGAGUGGGCAUGUGGGUGUUCGGAAUGGGACUAUUCCGCAGGUUGUUGUUGUGACGCCGCAGGGGGUGAGGAUUGGGAUGCCGAUGCAUCCUGUUCAGGCGAAGGGGCUGGGGCAGGGGCAGGGAUGGGGGCGAGGUCAACGGCGGCAGUAG